AACAGCUAUUAUCUAGCCGUUAGUAACGGUUAGUUGGUAGCUUUUAAGCUGUCAGCUCACCUUGCCCCGCGCUGCUACUGAGGUCUUAAACCAUCGUCAUAUCUCCUGACAGCGGGGCUUUUUCGCGAUCCCCGUCGUCGUGCUUCUUUGGAGCGGUGUAUUCCUGCAAAAGGAAAAAGUCAACCACGGGUGCCUUCCCCGACCUGGCCUUGAUAGACAUUUCCUACGGUGGAACCACUCGUAGCUUUAUAAGCUUCACUCCCCACGUCUUGCUUAUCGAAUAUCCUUGAGCACCCCCGCGACUGCGCUUCAUACCCUGGAGCUGCAGCCAUUCGUCCCUCUACCCCACCAUCACCUCUUCGACACCGACACUCCCUCAGCAAUUCGCGUUUUUCUGCAAUUGACAUACUCAAAAUGGCGUCUGACAACACCUCUCCCCGCCAGCGCCGUCCGUCGAUGAGCACCCCAAUCACCGACUUCAAGGGCCCCGUGGGACCUGCCAACUUCACCCGUCCGAAGCACAAGAGGACCGUAACGGGUUUCGGCCCCGGCGAGAUCAAGAGCGUCGAAGCGAGCAUUCCAGAGCCCCAGCGUGAGGCAUGGCGGAAGUUUAUGCCCAAGCCCUUCACCACAGCCGAAGAGUUCGAAAAGGAAGCGGUUCGUCACAUCGAGACUACGCUUGCGCGCUCGCUGUACAAUUGCGAUGAGGGAGCCGCUUAUGCUGGAACGGCCCUGGCCUUCAGAGAUCGCCUAGUCUUGGACUGGAACAAGACGCAGCAGAGUCAGACUUUCGCUGACCCGAAGCGUAUAUACUAUCUCUCCCUAGAGUUCCUCAUGGGACGAGCAUUGGACAAUGCCAUGCUCAACGUUGACCAGAAAGAUGCCGCGCAAGAGGGUCUCAGCGACCUUGGAUUCCGCAUGGAGGACAUCAUCUCCCAGGAGCAUGAUGCUGCUCUCGGAAACGGCGGUCUCGGACGUCUUGCCGCCUGCUUCCUCGAUUCCAUGGCCUCCUCGAACUAUCCCGCUUGGGGAUACGGCCUGCGCUACCGAUACGGUAUCUUUAAGCAGGAGAUCGUUGACGGAUAUCAGGUCGAGGUCCCAGACUACUGGCUCGACUUCAACCCAUGGGAGUUCCAGAGGCACGAUAUCGAGGUUGAUGUGCAGUUCUACGGCCAUGUCAACCGCUGGCAAGACGACGAGGGCAAGACACAGUGCUCGUGGGAAGGCGGUGAGAUUGUGAAGGCCAAUGCCUUCGAUGUGCCAGUUCCUGGAUACAAGACCAGCACUUGCAACAACCUCCGUCUUUGGGGAAGUAAGGCAGCUAGCGGCGAGUUCGACUUCCAGAAAUUCAACUCUGGCGAGUAUGAAAGCUCGGUAGCUGACCAGCAGCGCGCUGAGACCAUCUCUGCUGUGCUCUACCCGAACGACAACCUCGACCGUGGAAAGGAGCUGCGUCUAAAGCAACAGUACUUCUGGUGCGCUGCUUCGCUCUACGAUAUCGUCCGCCGAUUCAAGAAGAGCAAGCGUGCUUGGAGCGAGUUCCCCAACCAGGUCGCCAUCCAGCUCAACGAUACCCACCCGACGCUUGCCAUUCCCGAGCUUCAGAGGAUAUUGGUUGAUAUUGAAGGCCUAGAGUGGGACGAUGCGUGGAACAUCGUCCAGAAGACCUUCGGCUACACCAAUCACACCGUCCUUCCUGAGGCUCUCGAGAAGUGGUCGGUGCCAUUGAUGCAGCAUCUCCUCCCCCGCCAUCUUCAGAUUAUCUUUGAUAUCAAUCUGAACUUCCUCCAGUUCGUCGAGCGCAACUUCCCGAAUGAGCGCGAGAUGCUCGGCCGCGUUUCCAUCGUUGAGGAGUCACAGCCGAAGAUGGUCCGCAUGGCCUACCUGGCCUUGAUCGGCUCUCACAAGGUCAACGGUGUGGCCGAGCUGCACUCUGACCUAAUCAAGACGACCAUCUUCAAGGACUUCGUCAAGAUCUACGGACCAGACAAAUUCACCAACGUCACCAACGGUAUCACCCCACGAAGAUGGCUUCACCAGGCCAACCCUAGACUUUCGGCUUUGAUUGCGUCGAAACUCGGCGGACACGAGUUUUUGAAGGAUUUGACUUUGCUUCACAAGCUGGAGGCUUACGUUGAUGACAAGGAGUUCCGAAAGGAGUUCCGCGAGAUCAAAUAUGCCAACAAGGUGCGGCUUGCAAAGCACAUCAAGGAGCACAACGGUGUCACAGUCAACCCAGCUGCUCUAUUCGAUGUCCAAGUCAAGCGUAUUCACGAGUAUAAGCGCCAACAGUUGAACAUCUUCGGCGUCAUCCACCGCUACAUUCAGAUCAAGGCCAUGUCUCCAGAGGAGAGGAAGAAGCUUGUUCCCCGCGUAUCCAUCUUCGGUGGUAAGGCUGCGCCAGGAUACUGGAUGGCGAAGACGGUCAUCCAUCUCAUCAACAAGGUCGGCGACGUGGUCAACAACGACAAAGAUGUUGGCGAUGCCCUCAAGGUCAUCUUCUUGGAGGACUACAACGUUAGCAAAGCGGAAAUCAUCUGCCCUGCUAGCGACAUCAGUGAGCACAUCUCGACUGCCGGUACUGAGGCUUCCGGUACCAGCAACAUGAAGUUCUGUCUGAACGGUGGUUUGAUCAUCGGAACCUGCGAUGGUGCAAACAUCGAAAUCACUCGCGAAAUCGGCGAGCAGAACAUCUUCCUCUUCGGCAACCUCUCCGAGGACGUAGAGGACCUCCGUCACGCCCAUCUCUACUCCAAAUACGAGCUGGAGCCGAAUCUUGCCGCUGUCUUCGACAAGAUCUACGAGGGCGUCUUCGGCGAUGCUGAGCGCUUUACUGCUCUAAUCAACGGCAUCAUCGAGCAUGGAGACUACUACCUCGUCUCAGAUGACUUUGCUUCGUACGUUAAGACGCAAGAGCUCAUCGAUGAGAGCUACAAGAACACGGAAGAGUGGACAACUAAGACGAUUACGACUGUUGCGCGUAUGGGCUUCUUCUCGAGUGAUAGGUGUAUCGACGAGUAUGCGGAGAGCAUCUGGAAUGUAGAGCCAGUGACUGUCAAGGACGAGCUUCUGCCGUAAAUAGACCGUGCAGAAGGCGUUCGGUGAUGAGGGUCCCGGUAUGGUGUAGACCACGGGAGGUACUAGAUUUGUAGAUGCAUGCGCUAUAUCAAGUGUUUAUCUGCUA